AAAAGGAUUUAGAAUGAAAGGCCCGGUCCAAAGGCCCAAGGCGAUUCCCUAGGCACCGGCGAGCAACAGUGAAUUCGGCCACCAUUCCCCAUAAGGCCACUCUCACGCUUCCCUGCGCCAUUUUCUUCCAUCUCCCAACUCUCUUUAGGAUUUAGGGUUUCGAAAUUUACAAUUUGGAAGCCUCUAUUACCAUUUCGAUUUCUCUCGCAUCCAGAUGCAUAAUAUGCCUGGGACAAAGCAGAGUGAUGAAACGGCCCAAAAUCAAGAAUCACCAGAGGGGCACAGUGAGCAUGAAAAACCUACAGAUUCUGAUGAACAGGUAGACCUUGAAGGGGAUAAUGAUCAAGAGGAGACCAUGGAGGAAGAGGUUGAAUAUGAAGAAAUAGAGGAAGAAGUCGAAGAGGAAGAAGAGGAAGAGGAGGAAGAGGAGGAAGAAGAAGAAGAGACUAAACCCUCAGAUGGUGAAGAGGAUAUAGGAGUGGUAGACAAUAAGGAUGAAGAUGAGAAAAAGAAACAUGCAGAAGUUCUUGCACUUCCACCUCAUGGGUCAGAGGUUUACAUUGGUGGCAUUCCUCACAAAGUUUCAGAAGAAGAUUUGAGGGCCUUCUGUGAAUCUGUGGGAGAAGUGUCAGAGGUUAGGAUUAUGAAAGGAAAAGAUUCAGUUGAAGCAAAAGGUUAUGCAUUUGUGACCUUCAAGUCAAAGGAAUUGGCAUCUAUGGCUAUUGAGAAACUGAACAACACUGAAUUUAAGGGAAGAAAAAUAAGGUGCUCAACAUCCCAAGCUAAGCAUAAGUUGUUCAUUGGUAAUGUUCCUAGAAAUUGGACUUUAGAAAAUAUGAAGAAGGUAGUCUCAGAAAUUGGGCCUGGAGUUGUUGCUGUGGAGCUGUUGAAGGACCCACAGAUUUCUGGCCGUAAUAGGGGGUUUGCUUUUAUUGAGUAUUACAAUCAUGCUUGUGCAGAAUAUUCAAGGCAGAAGAUGUCAAACCCAAAAUUCAAACUAGACGACAAUGCUCCAACUGUGAGUUGGGCUGACCCAAGGAAUUCUGAAUCAUCUGCUGCGACUCAGGUAAAAGCAGUUUAUGUAAAGAACCUUCCAGAGAAUAUUACUCAGGAUCGUCUUAAGGCACUGUUUGAACAUCAUGGAAAGAUCACAAAAGUGGUUGUCCCUCCUGCUAAAGCAGGACAAGAAAAGAGCAGGUUUGGGUUUGUGCACUUUGCUGAAAGGUCAAGUGCCAUGAAAGCAUACGUAUCGUAGGCAUUAAAUUUUCUUGGAUGGGCAGGGCAAUCUCUGGAGUGUUCACUUGCAAAGCCACAAGCAGAUCAGAAGUCAUCCAGUACACUAAAUUCACAGAAGUCUGUUGUACUUCCCACUUAUCCACCUCAACUUGGUUAUGGCAUGGUUGGAGGUGCAUAUUCUGGUAUUGGCACAGGAUUUGGUCCUGCUGGGUUCACACAACCACUGAUGUAUGGUGCAGGAGCAACCGCAGCUGGCAUGGCAAUGAUGCCAAUGCUGUUACCAGAUGGAAGGAUUGGAUAUGUAUUGCAACAGCCAGGGUUGCAACCACAUACUCCUCCUCCGCCAGUAUCCAGACAUGGCAAGAGCAGCGGUGGUAGCUCAAGUAGUGGGAAACGUGGAAAUGAUAAUAGCCAUAACCGUGGCCGUGGCCGUGGUCGGUAUCAUCCCUACUAAUGUGCUUAAAAGAAUCUUGAAAAUCGAGGUGUUUUUGCUUUUCCCGUUACUGGUUACAUCCAUGAAAAAUCAGUAGAGCAGGAGCAGAUGCCGAUGAAUACAAUACAUGUAUAUUUGUUGAAAUACAUAAUUGGUUAUGCAUAUCAUUCCAUCCUUUUGGCUGCAUGAUGGAACCAAGUUAAGAAACGGGAUUAAUAUAUGUACAAUCUUUAGUCUAUAAUCAAUUGCAAUAUGUUGUCGAGGCUCAAGGCGCCAAGCACCGGUUAGCACAGGGAGGAACUGCUGCGAACGAUUUAUGUUUCUAAGAUGCAUUAUCUUGUUAAAUUUAAUGCUAAGGUAAUUUUUCACGAGUUAGCAUGUAAUUUUGGAUGUCUUGUGCAAAUAAUAUCGUAUAGUAUUCUGUGGCAACUUUUCUA